UACUCCUAUACUGAGCUUCCACUACGUUGUACCAACGACAUGGGCAUGGAAUAUAACCUCGCGCAAGACGCAUACGUCAGCAAAGUUGGCGAAGACUUGUCUGAGACAAUGGGCAUUGGUUCCAAGGAUGAUGUUUUAUUUGUAGUUUUUGCUAAAAGUAAUAGAGACAGUACUGUACCGACCAAUGAGUCUGCUUUGUGUUUCUAUACUCUCAAGAAGAUCAUUAGGAAAUUCACCAGCGGUAUACAGCAGUGUUUCAAUGGUGUUGGCACCCAGGGUCUCAGAUUCAUGUCCGACGAUUUACCAUGUUCCUACAUAAAUUACAGAGAAAUACAAGAUGACUUUUGUGGUUCAGGUAUUCUUCAUCCGAUACAGAUUCAGCGCUCACUAACGGCUCAGGAUUUCUUAUGGUAUUCGGGUCAUGGUAGUAUCUUCACAUCAGUGCUAGUGAAUAUUUAUGAUAGGCACACUAUUGUGUUGAUUGGUACAGAUGCAGGCGUUCUCAUGAAAGUUAUUGUUAAUGCCGAGGGGGAAAAUUCACCGCACGAAUUGCGUAAGCCAUAUCAGAAUAUAACAUUGACAAAUAACUCACCAAUUAAACAAGAUAUGGUAAUGGACAACAGUAACCAGUACAUAUUUGUCAUGUCAGACCAACAGGUUUUCAAAGUGCCGGUUCAUACAUGCAGUUUGUACACUGACUGUUCAGUGUGUGUUACAACUCCCGAUCCGGUGGAGUGUGGUUGGUGUGAAGGAAAGUCAGAAUGUUCAACCAGACAAGACUGUGUUGGUAACGGUGUUCUAUGGGGCAGAUCAACAUGUCCGCCAACUAUUCAUACGGUUGCCACUCGAGAAGGUCCAAUUGAAGGUGGUACAUUGGUCACUAUCAGCGGCGAUAACUUAGGAGUUGGCAUUGGUCAGAAUACGCAUCAAGUGACGGUAGCAGGUCAGUUUUGUGAACCUCUACCAGAGCAAAGCAGUGUACAUGAAUUAGUAUGUAGAACUAAACCUAAUCCGCAUGGACGUGGUCCCGUCUCGGUUACCAUCCACCAUGCUAGUGACGAUGCAUCACUGGGUUAUAUCGUAGAUGGUACCACCGUGUCAAAUUAUGAAAACUCUUUUUCAUACGUGGAUCCUGUUAUAAACAAUUUUACCCCCAAAUUUGGUGCUCAGUCAGGCGGAACCAAAGUUGUUGUUGACUGGGAAAUAUCUGGAUGUUGGAACUGAUAGAGCGGUUAUGGUUGCCGGCGAACCAUGUCAGAUUACCAAGGCUAUGUUUGGUCAAGUUCACUGUACAACAUCGGCAACAGCUGAGAUGUCAUAUGGACCACUUGUAAUCACCAUUGACAAUGCUGUUAGAACUAGUGAUGAG